AUAGCAACCUCUCCUCUAUCCUCACCUUCCUUGCCGCCGCCCUCGCUAUCGCUGCCAGCUACGUGCCCUAAUUCUUUCAGCCACAGAUCGUCAUUCAUGGCGGAAAGAGGCGGAGACAGGGGCGGAUUUGGCCGCGGCUUCAGCCGGGGCAGGGGCGACCGCGGCCGCGGCCGCGGCGAUCGCCGCGGUGGUCGCCGGGGGGGUCGGCGCGACGAGGAGGAGAAGUGGGUACCCGUGACGAAGCUUGGGCGUUUGGUGAAGGAGGGUCGGAUCCAGAGCCUGGAGCAGAUCUACCUCCACUCUCUCCCCGUGAAGGAGCACCAGAUCGUGGACACCCUCCUCGGUCCCCAGCUCAAGGAUGAAGUGAUGAAGAUCAUGCCCGUCCAGAAGCAGACCCGCGCCGGGCAGCGCACCCGCUUCAAGGCCUUCGUCGUCGUCGGCGACGGCAACGGCCACGUCGGCCUCGGCGUCAAGUGCUCCAAGGAGGUUGCCACCGCCAUCCGGGGCGCCAUCAUCCUCGCCAAGCUCUCCAUCAUCCCCGUCAGGCGGGGAUACUGGGGGAAUAAGAUCGGCAAGCCCCACACCGUGCCCUGCAAGGUCACCGGCAAGUGCGGCUCUGUUACCGUUCGCAUGGUGCCCGCCCCCCGUGGCGCUGGGAUUGUCGCUGCUCGUGUGCCCAAGAAGGUGCUGCAGUUCGCGGGGAUCGAGGAUGUCUUCACCUCCUCCCGCGGGUCCACCAAGACUCUCGGCAACUUCGUCAAGGCUACAUUUGAUUGUCUGAUGAAGACUUACGGGUUUCUGACUCCUGACUUCUGGAGGGAGACUCGCUUCACCAAAUCUCCAUUCCAGGAGUACACCGACCUUCUUGCCAAGCCAACUAAGGCAAUUGUUCUUGAAGACGCCGAGAGAGUGGAAUCUUAGGUUUCUGGGAGUUGAUGUUUCUUGCUUAUCUUUUGCUUAAAUUUUGAAACUAGUUCAUAUGACUCAUUUACUAGGCUUUGACUGUUAAUGUUUGCUUUUGUGCUACAAAUUUUCUGUUGUUCAUGACAGGUCAAUGCUAUUUUUUUUUUUUUUUAAGGUUCCUGAUUUAUAUGCAUGUGAUCUUUCAACUUGUGAUGGUAUUCGAGGCAUUUAAAUGGAAAUAGAUUUUGGCUUUUGGUUU